AUGGACUUCCAUUGUGCAUGUCAUUUUGCAGCUGAUCGCUCUUCAGUAGGGUUGCAAUUACCAUUGGACUUGAAUAAUGAGUUUGAUUAUGAAUUUAAUAAUAUGGUGUCCUCUGUUGAGACGGUUCCAACUCUGGUCCAAGAUCCUUUUCAACAAUCCUCCUUUAUAAAACCUUCAUUUCCGCCAACAAUUGACAACGAUGACUUGGUUGAACCGAAAGGUGACAAACUCUCAAAACAAUCUAGAGCUAAUAAAAUUAAGAACUCUCAAGCUUGCAUUCACUGUCAAAAGUCUAAAGUUAAAUGCAACUAUUUGGAUAACAAUAAUCCAUGUAAACGAUGUGCUGAAAGAGGAUUCGAAUGCACUUUCUAUCCACAACAAAGGAGAGGCCCUAAGCCCGGCAAAAAAACUAGAUUAGGUACACAAAAUUUAGAAGAUUUUCGAAAAUUAAAUCGAGACUUUACACGAAAGGCUCAUAAACUCGGAUUUAGUGUACACACCCAUAUUGUCGCAUAUCCAAAUAAUAACUUAGAUACACCGAUUCUAAAUUAUAAUGCAACUUUGCCCAUGGAAGAAAAUUUAUUUAUGGUAAAUCCAGAAUCAGCGGUUCAUCCUCCACCGCUAUCAAGAUCAUCUUUUAACGAUUGUGAAGAUUCGAAUAGUUCAAUAUCGAUUUUAGAUAAUCACCGGUUUUUCAUGAAUAACGAAAUCGAAACUGACCCUAGGUUAGCAUUACCUUAUCAUAGCUCUCAUCAAAAUUAA